AUGUCUUACUAGCAACAACGCAUUUAGAACAUUUAAGAAUAUAAGUACACCUCUGAAACUAAGACUGUGCGUUCUAACACUCCGUAAACACGUGAAACUAGAUAUCAAAUACAUGAAACUUCGAUUGAUAAUAUCAGAUCCACUCCUGAGAGUAGGUAGUAAAAAUUGAGUCCACAGAUCUGUCAAUUUUUAAUGGCUUGCGAAAUCGAGAGAUUGGGAUCAGAAAAUGAAAAAUUGCGUUUCAGAAUUAAAGAGAUGCAAGAUAAUACCUAGGAUAGACAUCAUUUGGAAUAAUAAAUAAUAGAUCUGACUAAUAAAUUGAAUGAGAUGAUCAACGUCGUAGAGACUCACAAAAUUGAGAAAUCUGAACUCAUCAUCCAAAUCACCACGUUGUAGGAGGAAAUUCAAGAGCAAAAGGAACUUUAGACCAAUUAUUAUGAGAGUAGAGUUGUCAACCUCUCUAAUCAAAUUGAUAAUCUCACCUUACAAUUAAGGGAAUUUGAGACUAUUAAAUUGGAUGAAAUGCAAGUUCUGAGGAAUCAAUUGGAAUCUGAAAUGAAAACUGAAAUUGUAAUCCAAUAAUAUUUAUAUCUCAUAGGAAAAGGCACUGCAAACUCAGGAACUCAAUUCUUCAUAUUAGAGAGAAUUCCUAGAGGGAGAAUUGAAAAAGUGGAAGGAUUUAUGCAACUAAAAAUAGAAGGAGAAUGAUGAUCUGAAGAAUGUUAUCCUCCAGAAGGAAAUAAAUAAGUAAAGGGAAUUAGAGAAUCAAUUGCUAUCCUACAAAAAUGAGACAGAGAGAGUGAAUAAGUUAUUAGUAUCAAAGUCAGAAGAAACAGAGAGUUGGAAAUAAAAGUAUCUCAAAUUAUAGUUGAUGAACGAUGAUUAUAAACGAAUCCAAUAGGAGAAUCAGUAAUUGAAUGAUACCAUACUUGCCUUGGAGGGCUAAUUGAAAUAAAGAUAAGAAUAAUUGAAUUAAGUGAAGACCUAAGUAGAAAAUGCGAAUAAUUGUAUUUACUAAAUUCAUAAUAGAGUUUCUUACUGAAAAGAGCAAAGUGAAUCAACUCUUAACUGAUUUGCAGGACGUUCAAAAGAAGAAAUCUGAAUUGGAAGGCAGGUAUCAGAAUCUUCUGCUUGAAGUGGACAAAUUGAAUUAGUUGAUCAAGUAGAAGGAAUAAAUUACAAUUACUCAAACUACAAAGUAUUAUCUUACAGUAUUAUGCAAGAAUUGAAGAAUUCCAAAGCACAGUUGUGUAAUAUCGAAAUACAAUAGAAGACAAAUCAUAGGAAGUUGAAAAUCUUAGGAGAUUGCUCACUAAAUUGCAAUAACAAAUUAUCUAGUUGGAGGACCAAGUAGAAUAGUUAAAGAAAUUCUAAGAAAAUGUAAUUGAGUUUAUUGAAAUAUUUAGUGUCGAGUGCUCUCUGCUGAGAUCGAUAGACUAAAUGAUGAAAUUAAGGUGUAAGACGAUGAAUUGAGACAAUGGAGAAUGUAAUAUGCAGACGAGGGUUCUAUAAUAAAAAGGCUUUAAGAUCAAUUAUCGAUUAUUGUAGUGUUGGCUAGUGAAGUUGAGAGUCUGCGCAUGAGGUUGCAUGACAAGGAGCAGGAAGUGGAAGAGGUCAGAAGAUCAAGUUUGGCACCUUAUAAAAUUUGAAUUAGUUAUGAUUUAUUAAUUUGAGACACAUUUACA